AUGGCGACAGUGCACAGCCCGAUCCCGGCCCUCUACACCGUUUACAUUCUACGAUCAACCGUCCGCCACGCAUCCUUUUAUGUCGGCUCCACGCCGAACCCCCCGCGCCGGCUGAGCCAGCACAAUGGUCUUGUCCGCGGUGGCGCCGUCCGCACCUCGCGCGGAAACCUCCGGCCCUGGGAGAUGAUCAUCCUCGUCUCCGGCUUUCCAAGCGCGACCGCAGCACUGAAGUUUGAAUGGGCGCUCAACAACCCGCACCUGUCCAUGCACAUCCCGUCGGCCGAGCGCCUGGUCGUCUCCACGCAGCGCAAUCGCAACGGGCGGCCGCGCCGGCCCGCCAAGAGCCUGGCGUCGGUCGCGUCCAGCCUGCACCUGCUGCUGCGCGUGCCCAGCUUUGCGCGCUGGCCGCUGUGCGUGCAGUUCUUCAACCGGGACGCGUUUGCCGCGUGGGAGAAGUGGUGUGCUGGUGUUAGUUUGGGUGAGAGGGGGUUGAGGGAGAGUUGGAAGGUGGUGACGGAUUUUGGGGAGGGGGUGACGAGUGGUGGGUCUGGGGAGGUGGCUGCGGCGGAGGGCGAGGACGAAGCUCCCGCGCCGUGGGGGAUCCAUGCGCUGCCGUUGGACUACGAGCCGAUGAAGGAGUAUGUGGCGAAGGGGCAAGAGAUUUUCGAGUUUGAGCGCCAAGGACGAUGUGUUGUUUGCCGGGAGGAGAUGAAGUCGGGGGAGGGAUUGCAUGCGGUCUGCACGCACGAAGGUUGCGACGGAGUUGGUCAUAUCUCUUGUUGGAGCCGGAGUUUCCUCAAGAACAACGAUACAGGCAGUAUACUGCCGGUUCAAGGGCAGUGCCCGAUGUGCAAGGAAGAGGUGGAUUGGGCCGACAUGAUGAAAGAACUUACGCUGAGACUCAGGGGUCAGAAAGAAGUGGACAAACUACUGAAGCGGAAGCGAAAACGCGCGACUAAGAAGGCCAAAAAGACAUGA